AUGGAGAACAGUUCCAUCUCUUGCACAGUUUACAAGAAUCAGGAACCAUUCACCUAUUUUUUUUAUUUGGUCUUCCUCGUUGGAUUGAUUGGAAGCUGUUUUGCAGCCUGGGCAUUCAUGCAGAAAACCACCAAUCCCAAGGGUGUGAACAUAUACCUACUUAAUCUGCUCACAGCUGACUUCCUGCUCACCCUGGCAAUCCCAGUGAAAAUCAUUGUCGACUUAGGGGUGGCACCCUGGAAGAUGAGGAUUUUCCAUUGCCAAGUGACAGCCUGCCUCAUCUACAUUAAUAUGUACUUAUCAAUUAUAUUCUUAGCAUUUGUCAGCGUUGAUCGUUAUCUUCAGUUGAUACACAGCUGCAAGAUUUAUAGAAUACAAGAACCUGGUUUUGCCAAAAUGAUAUCAACUGUGAUGUGGUUCAUGGUCCUCCUUAUAAUGGUGCCAAACAUGGUAAUUCCCAUUAAACAGGUGAAGGAAAACUCAAAUGUGGGCUGUAUGGACUUCAAAACAGAGUUUGGGAAAGACUGGCAUUUGCUGACAAAUUUCCUAUGUGUAGCAAUAUUUUUCAAUUUCUCAGUCAUUAUCUUAAUAUCCAACUUUCUUGUCAUUCAGUUACUCCAUAGAAACAAAGACAAUGAAAAUUAUCCAAAUGUGAAAAGAGCUCUCAUCAAUAUACUCUUGGUGACCACAGGCUACAUCGUGUGUUUUGUUCCUUAUCACACAGUCCGAAUCCCAUACACUCUCAGCCAGACAGAAAUUAUAUCUGAUUGUUCAACUAGGAACUUUCUCUUCAAAGCUAAGGAAGUCACGCUUCUCCUAGCUCUGUCAAACUUAUGUUUUGAUCCCAUUCUCUACUAUCACCUCUCAAAAGCAUUCCGCUUAAAGAUCACUGAGACUUUUACCUCACUGAAGGAGACCAAAAUUCAAAACAAAAGAUCAAGAAGUGAAAAUGACAUACAAGCAAUGGAAUUAUUUGUUUUACCAUAA